UGGUGCUGAGAAGAUCCUCUUUUGAGCAUGGCAGAGGGCACAGCUUCGUUGGCGGCACCCCUGACCCUGGCACUGCCCCUUGUGCUCACCCUGUUCAGCCUGGCACCGGAACCCGCCUUGGGAGGAUGCCCGUCAGCUUGCCGGUGCUCUUUUGCCAUGCUGCAGUGCCUGGAGCUUGAUGGUAUCACUAGCAUCCCAGCAUUGGCGCAACAAGAGAGCGAGAAUGUGACAGAGAUUUACAUAGAAAACCAAGCAGGCCUGGAAAACAUAACAGAAAUUGAUCUGGUUCACUACAGAGAGCUGAAGAACCUCACCGUCACAUCGUGUAAACUGAGGCUGAUCUCUACCAACGCCUUCAAAUACAACCUCAAGCUGCAGUAUGUGAACCUGGCAUCAAACUAUCUGGAACACAUCUCCUGGAGGGUGUUUCAUUUUCUGCCUCUGCUGAACCUGGUUUUGCGGGACAACCCUCUUGCUUGCUCAUGUGACCUCCACUGGCUGCAGCAGUGGCAGCGUAAUGAGCGUGGUGACCUGGACAACCAAAUGUUGUUUUGUAUUUCCAAUGACCAGGAAGUACCCCUCAACUCUUUGGUGAUUGAUAACUGCAGCCUGCCUGAGGUGACUAUUCUCCCCUCCAACAACAAGAUUCAAGAAGGAGGCAAUCUGACUUUUGAGUGUCAUGUGACAGGAAAUCCCAAACCUGAUGUGAGAUGGCGAACGGAUAAGCUCUACUCUCACUUCUUCACCAAGGAGAGAAUGUGGGGCUCCACAUUAGAGGUGGUCCUUUACCUCACCAACGUUUCCUCCAGUGACAACCUGCACAACCUGACGUGUGAGGCCGAGAACCAAGCUGGGCCCGGGGAGGAGAUGGUGCAAUUGGACAUUGAGUUUCCAGCCAAAAUCCUGUUCCUGAGAAACGCAGUGCCGCAGCACCACUGGUGUUUCCCCUUUGCUGUGGACGGCAAUCCUGAACCGAGCAUCACCUGGCUGUACAAUCGUCAGGAGCUCAAGGAGAACCGUUACACGUACACCCAGCUUAUUCCUGACUCAGCUGAUGGAUCAGAAAAGCAUGGCUGUCUCUUCCUCAACAAACCCACCCACAUCAACAAUGGCCACUACACUCUGAUUGUGCAGAACAAACUGGGAAAGGAUGAGGCCACUGCCACUGGGAUGUUUAUGGAUAAUCCCUUCGACCCAUUCGAUCCUGAGGGGAUAAUCCCAGUCCCUGACCCGGAUCCAAUUCCUACAGACAAAUCAGACAUGGACGUCACAGAGAACCUGGAGAGUCGGGUGUUUGUGGUGUCUGUGGCCGUGGGUCUUGCUCUGUUUGCCUGCACUUUUCUUCUCAUCAUGGUUUUGGUUAUUAACAAGUGCGGCCAGCAUUCCAAGUUUGGUAUUCACCGUUCAUCAGUUUUGGGCACUGAGGACGACCUGGCUGUAUCGCUUCGUUUCAUGAACUUUGGAAACAGCCCGCCUUCCUCAGAUGAAGAUUCUGGUUUAUCCAGCUUUGUAGAGAAUCCACAGUACUUCUGCGGCAUCAUCAAGGACAAAGACAUGUGUGUCCAGCAUAUCAAACGGCAGGAUAUUGUGUUGAAGUGGGAGCUGGGUGAAGGAGCGUUUGGGAAAGUCUACCUGGCAGAGUGUGCCAACCUCAGCCCCGACAGCGACAAGAUGCUUGUCGCCAUCAAGACUCUGAAGGACGCCAACGAAUCGACUCGGCUGGACUUCCAGAGGGAGGCGGAGCUGCUGACGGUGCUUCAACACCAGCACAUUGUGCGAUUCUACGGCGUCUGUACGGACGGAGAGCCUCUGGCCAUGGUGUUUGAAUACAUGAGACACGGAGACCUCAAUCGCUUUCUUCGGGCUCACGGCCCUGAUGCUCGUAUCCUGGAGGAGUCGAAGAUGCCCCCGCUGGGUGAGCUCACUCUGCCCCAAAUGCUGCACAUCGCUGCCCAGAUCGCUUCGGGUAUGGUCUACCUGGCAUCACUGCACUUUGUCCACCGUGACCUGGCGACCCGCAACUGUUUGGUUGGAGAGGGCCUGGUGGUCAAAAUCGGAGAUUUUGGCAUGUCAAGAGACAUCUACAGUACAGAUUACUAUCGGGUGGGUGGACGCACAAUGCUGCCAAUCCGUUGGAUGCCUCCAGAGAGCAUCAUGUACAGGAAGUUCACUACAGAGAGCGACAUCUGGAGCUUCGGCGUGGUCCUCUGGGAGAUUUUCACCUAUGGCAAGCAACCCUGGUAUCAGCUGUCCAACAGUGAGGCCAUCGAAUGCAUCACGCAGGGACGGGAACUGGAAAGGCCACGCACUUGUCCCAAGGAGGUGUACCUGCUGAUGCAGGGCUGCUGGCAGAGAGAGCCCCAGCAGAGGAUGGUCAUCAAGGACAUCCACAGCCGCCUGCUGGCCCUGGUCAAGAACCCACCAGUUUACCUGGAUAUCCUGGGUUAGAGGGGCCAAGAGGCCAGCAGAGAGUGAAGUUCAGAGGCUGGGGAGGUUGGUUUUGAUUUGGGACCGAAAACUUGUUUAAUUAUUUCACUCUAAUCAGGGGUAAUUGCUUAAAGAGGUUCCCACUUUUUCUUUUACCACUUAAAAGACCAGUAUGAAGGUUAUUUCCCAGUUUUGCUCCCAAGAUGCUUGAUGGACCUUUUGAAAAGUCUGCAGUGACUUUUCUGCUUCAGUUUUGCCUCAUCCCGGCUCGACCCUGAACCCUGUUUACUGCCCUGUCAUUCUCUGGAAACCUGUCAAAUGUUUACUAAAGUGUUAAAUGUUUAUCUGAAGUGGGAUCAGCCUGAUGGACAGACAUGCAUGGAUAGGUGUUGGAAAUAACAGUAUAUGGGCCUUUACGUUGCUAGGAAUGUGAUGGCUUGUCAGGGAGUUUUGCUCCGCAGUGUUAUCAUGAGAGGCUCGUGAGCUGAGCUGUGGUGCAUUUUAUAUGACUCUACAACCGACACUUGUGUGGAAAGGCAAUUAGAAAAUGACACAGAUGAUUACAAGAGAGGGCACUUCACUUCAUGAGUCAAAAGUGAGAACCAAUUUUACAGAUUUGGGCACAGCAGACAGUCAUUUGUAUAGUCACUGAUUUUGGAUAAGUUUUGAUAUGGAGUGUCAUUUAAAGGUUUUUAGUGAACCUUUAAAUAAGAUAUCCAAGUUGUACAAUCGAAACCUGUGAAAGCUAACAAUUGUUCUUGUUCUUCAUGUGUCAAAUCCAGUGUAUGAUAUGAAUAUUUUUCAAAAACAAGAACUAAAAUGGUCAUAUAUUAGCAGUGAAUGUGUUACCUGGUCCAUUAACGACUGUGUUUACGUUUAAUUCUGUCAGUUUUGCUGUCAUAUAUGAAAAAAAAAACCUUCAAAGACUUAAGGUUUGACCUGUGGUCUGCCUGCAAGACUCAGGAGUGGCUUUUGUACAAAUUAGUGAUGUUUAACGUGCUACUGUAACGACCUUCAAAAUUCAAAGCACUGCAGUGAAAUUCGGUAAGGGGCAAGAUGGUGGGUUGGUGACACACUGAGAUGGGUUUAGAGGUAACAGAUGGAUUAAAGUGAGUGAAACUCCAGGAGGAGAGGGACAGAUGGCACUGAAACAGAGACUGGAGGUGAGGCGACCACCAUGGAAAAAAAAAAGAUGUCAAAAUGUUUAAAUUCAACCAAAGGGGGUGAAAGACUGAGUGUACAAACCACUGUGAUGCCUUUAAGUGUAAAUACUGUAUGUACAUACAUUAAUACUCUGUAUUAAUGUCUACAAAUAUAUAUCUUCAAGUAUUGUUGCU